UCUCUGUUUUCUUUGUGUCUGUUUGUGUGUUUGUUUGAAAACGACAAUGGCGUCGACAAGCAUGGAAGUUGAGAAGAAGGUGAAGAAGAUGAUAAAGCUGAGGAGCUCAGACGGUGACACGUUCGAGGUGGAAGAGAACGUGGCCAUGGAGUCUUGGAAAAUAAAGAAAAACAUGAUGAUCCAAGAAUACAACUGCGCCGGCGAGCCUGUAAUCCCAUUGCCGAUCAUACCAAGCAACAUUCUCGCACGAGUCAUCGAGUACUGCAAGAAACAUGCCUCCGAGUCCCAUGGUGAGUCACUCACCGCCUGGGACGCCGAGUUCGUCAACCUCGACAACAACACGCUCUACGAGCUCUGUGUGGCAGCCACCUAUCUGGACAUUAAGGGUUUGGUUAGAUUAACCUUGAAGAACAUGAGGGGAAUGACUUUAGAACAGUCCAAUACGUUGUCGGAUUUACGGUGGAAGAAUAUUAAGGACGUAAUGAGGGCACUGAAGGAUUCUCAAGACAUUCAAUAUUUUAAUAUAGAAGAAGAACUAGUGAGGGUGUUAGCAAUGAGAACUAGUGAGGAAUUGAGAAUAGACUUGAACUUUCCAUUUGCAUAAAAAUUACAUGAAUGCUGAUGCAAUGCGAGGGUUUAACUUUUGUUUUGUCUCAAGUACUAUUUUAAUUAAGAUUU